UUCAGAUUUCUUUUGUUUUGUAAAGCACUUUUUCCAGCGUUCAAAAUGUACACCAAUUUAUUGAAACUGGCUGCGAGACGGGACUUUAUCAUGGUCGCCGGCGGCGGCAGCUUUGUCCAGAGCCUUCUAAAACCGAUAAGCAUCGAGCUGAACACCGCCCAGGCGCUGUUCAUUAAAUCCCGUCAGAAGCGGAUGCGUGAACUCUAUGAGCGGGAAGCGAGCCAACAGCUCCUGGAGAUCAAGCGUCUCAAUCUGAUGUUAAAGACGAAUAUCUGCCAUUAUCGCUGGACGCCGCUGGGCAUGUUGCCAGCUAGACGCCAGCCGUUGAACUAAAAUUCACAAGUUAUUCGAAAUAGACAACAAUUUUGGGAGCACUAACUGCCAAUAAAAAGAAAAAUUAAAAAAUGAUGCCCUCAAAAUUGCUGUCUGUUUAAUUAACUUAAAUGUGUAUUGCAAUAAAGUCAGUUGAAUGUGUUUAUUUAAUGCGGUCCACUGUCUGCCGUAUACAUUGUGUGUGUAAUAAAUUGAUUUAGUCCGUU